AUGCCCACAGCCAUCCACAAGCCGUACACCGCGCUCCUGGUCAUCGACGUGCAGGUCAACGUCGUCGCCGAGGCCUAUGAGCGGGACGAGACGAUCGCGAACAUCAACGUCGCGCUGGCGCGCGCGCGGGCAGCCGGCGCGCCCGUCGUGUGGGUCCAGCACAGCGAGGAAGGGCUCGAACGCGACAGCGCAGGCUGGCAGAUCGUGCCCGAGCUUUCUCCGCGCGAUGGCGAAGCGCACAUCUUCAAGAGCUACGGCGACGCGUUCGAGGACACGGACCUCGAAGCGCGCCUCGACGAGCGCGACGUGCGCACGCUGGUCGUGUGCGGCGCGCAGACCGACUUCUGCGUGCGCUCGACGAUCCACUCGGCCCUCACGCGCGGGUUUAAUGUCACCCUCGUCGGCGACGCGCACACGACCGACGACCUGAGCCAGUAUGGCGCGCCGACGCCGAACCGCGUCGUCGCGCACACCAACAUGUAUUGGGCGGGCCAGCGCGCGCCGGGGCGCAAGGCCGCGGUCGUGAACGCCGCCGAGGUCGACACCACCCAUCUCACUUGCUCGUCUCAACUUGAACGACGCGGCCGGCACUCUGACGUCGUCCUCGCCGAGACGCGGGUCGACAAGCGGCGAGGGAGGCAACCUGUGCUCGCGCGUCCGACUGAACGGCGACUUGUUGCACCGCCGCAUCUCGCCUGCCCUCCUCCGAACUUCUCACCUUUGCCCCGUCGCACCCUCCGACUCCUCGCCGCCCUAUCGACGAUGCCUUACAGGACUUGUGACCGCUGUCGGUCGCGCAAGACCCGCUGCAUCCCUUCCCCCGGCGACUCGCCCACCGCGCCGUGUACCGCCUGUGCGCGCUCCACCGCCGAGUGCACCUUUCUCAAGGGGUACAAGAAGGCCGGGCGGCGGUCGCGCGCCGCAGAGUCGGCCGCGGCGUCGGCGUCGGUCUCGGCUUCGCCGGGCGGUGGUGAGGACACCAGCGCGGAUGCCAAUGCCGCCGCGCCCACCCCACCGCCCUGGUCACCUUCCUUCGCGCUCAUCUCCACCCCGUCGUGGAUCGCGCCCCCUGCGCCCGUCUUCCUCGGCCCCGCCAUCCCUGUCGCGCAGGCCGGCCCGACGCCCGACUCGUUCACCGACCUCAUUGAUGUGUUCGAGCGCGGCGUCGGGCGCGGCAGCGGCAGCGUGCCCGCCACCUCUCCCCUCGCGCGCACGUCCAUCGUCGCCGCUGCCGCGGUGCCGUUCUCGGGCACGACGCAGAUCGAGGACGUGGCACCCUGGGAGACGGUCAACUUCUUCAUCACCCUCUGGCUGCGAUACUCGCACUCGCUCUGCCCGCUCGUGCACAAGCCGAGCUUCUCCCAGGCGAUCACGAUGCGCGAGGACCGGCGCGACCGCGACCUGCGGGCGUUUAUCCUGGGCGUUGUGUCCUACACCAUCGGCCAGUCGCCCCUCAGCCGCACGGAAACGCACUACUCGCGCGACCAGCUCGAACGCCUCCAGCGCCGGUGCCACCGCGCGAGCAUGGCGCUCUUGGACAGGAGCUACCGCGCCGUCAACCUGUACCAGAUCGGCACCCUCAUGACGGGGUACUUUUGCGCGCAGUCCAUGGGACAGGGGCACCGCGCCGCUGCGCUGCUCGCUGAAGCGUGUCAGCUCAGCCAUAUCAUGCGGCUCCAGGACGCGGCCGCGGACGGCACGGACACGAUAGAGCGCGAGCAGCGCCAUCGUGUCUUCUGGCACGUCUACGCCGUCGACAUCACCGAAUCGGCUGCGGGCGACGCGAUCCACAUCAACGCCGACUAUGAGGGGCUACCGCCGCUGCCCUUGACGGUCGACGACGAGUUGAUCACUUCUGCCGGGUCGUUUCCCCAGCCGGCGGGGAAGAUGAGCUACAUGACUGGUUUUGUCUGCGUCGUGCAGCUUUGGCCGAUCUUAUCACAGUGCAUCGUGCGGCACCGGCGGUUGACCUUGCGCCAGCGGCACGGACGGGUUCUCGAACCAGCCGAAACCGAGGCCGAGCGUGAGUGGGUGCAGAAUGCCCGCGCCGACGUCGACGUUAUCCGUCACAGUGUGCCGUCGCAGCUCCUCGAGGGGACGUACGACGGGGAUGAUGACACCGCGCGCGCCGUGUGGGGAAUGCAGCGCGCCAACUUUAUCAUCACCGAGGCUUCAGUUCGGUUUGCUCUGUUCGACUACGAUGGCAUGCUUGGUCCCAUUAGCGAGGCUGAGACGACGGCGCGCACGGAUCUCGCGCGGCACAUGUACGACAUGCUCGCGAGCAUCCCGCUCGACGACCUCGCCGCCAACGGCGAGAGUAUCCGGGGCAAGCUUACGCGGAUAGUCGUCGCCCUGCUCCGGAUACCCGACAUGGGCCUGGAUUGGAUCAGCACGAUCCAGGACUGGUGGACCUUGUUCUCGCAGAUCAACUUUGUCCAACUCAUUCCGCAAAACCUGUCGUCUGUGCUCGAGAGCCGCAUGCCGAGCCCAGAGCUGCGCGACCUCACGGGGCCCGGGUAGGCCCGAGCUGAGCGUACCGGCCGGUGGGCGGCUUGCAAACGGCUCCGAGUUGCUGCUGCUGCUGCAGCAGCAGCAUAUGGUCUCUUGUUGUGGCUGCUACCGUCCAACUCCACCUCAACACCGAAACUUCUGUCCAUGCUGUCCAAUGAGCUCCGUUAGCUUACAGAGGUCAUCCCCAAGGCACAUCUGGCGCCAGAGCAUGAGGCCAGGUAGAUCGAUAUGGCCUGGCGACUCAACGCCAGGCCAGGCCCGUGUAGGCCCGUGAGUCGAGCUGUAGCGUGACUUUAUGACCUGUUGUACGUUAUGUCCUUUGUUCGCCAUAGCCGCCGGCCAGCUUGCAAACACCUCCGAGCGGCCUCUGCUGCGUGCUCGGAGGUCGGCGUGGCGUGCUGCGCGCUAGACGCGACGACGUUGCCGAACCGGCGGUACCUCGGCCGCUAGCGCGGCCCAGGCAGAGGCCGUGGUCGUCUGACACGGCAUCGCGGAAGCAAGGUGCUGCGCAGA